GGGCCGGAAGUGGCGUUGUGGCCGCGCUCCCUUCGCGUCAUGGCGGCGCUGGAGCGCGCCCUGCGGACCGCGGCGGCGGAGCUGUGCCAGGCCGGGGAGGGGGCGGCGGCGGCGGUGCUGGGCGCGGUGCGGGCCGCCCUGGCGGAGGCGGGGGGCCCGGCCGCCCUCGGGGAGCGGGAGCGGGCGCUGUACGGCGCCUUCCUGCGGGGCCUGGCCCGGGCGCCCCCCGCGGCGCGGCCCGAGGGCCUGUGGCAGAGCUGCUUCCUGGAGGGCCCGCCCGGCCUGGCGCUCGGCGCCCUGCUGGAGGCCCUCGCCUCCCCAGGCCCUAACAUUCGUCUGGGGGAGGUCGUUGCGGUGCUGGAGCAGUUCCUGCAGGAAGGACGGAUUUCAGCUCUGAUGUGGGAUGUCUGUCAGCAGCAAGUGCAGGCUGGCUCGCCUGAGCUGCAGGAGGCCCUGCUCAACAAGGUCGUAUGUUUGCCUGAUCACGUGAGCAAUAAACUCCAAGGGAACCCCCCCCCAGUAUUCUUCCCACAGAACUACUUUCCGUUCUUGGGUGGUGCGAUUAUCCAGGUGCUGCAGAAGAUCUCAGAGUCUCUGAGAGGUGGCUUGGAUUGCUCAAUCUCUUUUGUUUCUCAUGUCCUGGGGAAGGUAUGCGUUCAAGGAAGACAAAAGGAAAUUCUGAGUGUUUUGGUACCCCAUCUAACGGAUCUCACCAAGUCAGACUGCAUCUGGCAAAGAAUAUGCUGGCGGUUGGUUGAAUGUGUGCCAGACCGCUGGAUGGAAGCAGUAGUCCUUGGUUUUGUGCAGACAGCACCUGGGGCAGAUGUCUUGUCUAGGUUGCUGGGUAACCUGGUUGUGAAAAACAAGAAAGCUCAGUUUGUGGUGACACAGAAGGUGCUGCUCUUGCAGUAUGGCCACACGACUGCAGUGCUGCAGAACCUCCUUGGCUACCUGUCCCUGGAUAGCCUUCGGCGUCCCUUACUGAUCAAAGUGCUGCAAGAACUUUUGGAGACCUGGGGCAGCAGCAGUGCUGUGAAACACUCUCCACCUGAGCAGCAGCAGUACAUUAGCAAGGCCAUCCUUAUCUGCCUCUCCCACCUGAAGGAGCCUGAAAUUGAGAGCUGCAGACAAGGGCUUCUCACAAGCAUGAUGGAGGGUGUGAAAUGCCAUUUAGACAGCAAUCUACCACAAAUACGGCGUCUGGGAAUGAUUGUGGCAGAGAGCAUUAGUUCAAAAAUAAACACUGACGGACCUGUCCUGAAGUUUCAGUACAAAGAAGAUGACGAAGCAAGAGAACUGAAGUCCCUUCUGGUGCAGGCUCCACCGUUCUGUGUUGUCCCCAGCCUUCCAGAUGAUGACAGGAAUGAGCAAGCAGAUGCUGCACUGCCAUUGGUGUUGGAAGGUAACAAGAAAUCACAUACAGAAGCCCCUGUGGUGCCAGACGAGGAGUUGGAUGCUGAGCUGGACAGUGAUGAUGACCUUAUGCCUUACGACAUGUCAGAGGAUAAAGAACUAAAAACUAAGGCUCCUGUGUAUAUCCGAGACUGUAUUGAAGUCCUGACGGGAUCUGAAGAUGUGGACAGAUGGGAAGCUACAGUCAAGGCUCUUGAGGGCUUGGUUCGAAAGAAUCCAGUAGCAACAAGAGAGGUUAGUGUCGAGCUGGCAAAAAUAUUAUUACAUUUGGAGGAGAAGACCUGCAUCGAAGGCUUUCUGGAGCUCCGUCAGAGAGCUCAAGUAGCUGUUUUAACCACAGAUCCAAUACCUGUAGCAAAGUACUUGACCUCUCAGUUCUACGCUCUGAACUACAGUCUUCGUCAGCGCAUGGACAUUCUCGAUGUAUUGGUUCUGGCAGCUCAGGAGCUGUCCUAUCCCAAAUCCCGUGGGAAGACCACACGCCCUGGUGCCCAAAAACCUUGUAUCCAGCCACUUCCUGGAAGUGACAGCUCUAAGGGCUGGAGAAGAAUUGUUGAUGAGAGGAUCAAAAGCAAGACUCGGAGAUUUGCUACGGGUCAGUCUCAAGUGGAACUGGCUUCUGGCCCAAAUGAGUUCAGUUCUGUGGCUGGGCACUUCUUUUUCCCGUUGAUUCAGCACUUUGACAGGCCUUUGACAACAUUUGAUCUCCUGGGGGAGGAUCACUUUGUCCUUGGAAGACUGGUCCACACUUUAGCCACCCUGAUGUACUUGGCUGUCAACACUGUGGCAGUUACUGCAAUGGGAAAGGCACUGCUGGAGUUUGUUUGGGCUCUGCGUUUCCACACCGACCCGUACGUGCGCCAGGGUCUUCUGUCCUGUAUCUCCUCCACGCUCCUCAGUGUCCCUACAGAGUGUCUGCUGGAAGACGUGACAGAGGAGCUUUUGGAGACUCAGUCCUGGCUGGGAGAUGUGGUGGAGAAAGAUCCAGAUGGGGAUUGCAGGAGGCUGGCCUUGCAGAACUUGCUACUAAUGGAGGAUCUGAAAAAGAAACUCUGAACUGUCUCUUCCUAGCUGAAGGUAAAAGAAAUGACCUUCACCUCCUACUUGCCAGCUGGAUGAGUGUAGGCACUGCUGGGGCCCCUUCAGCAGUCACCUGGCUGGAGAAGAGGAAGAAGGGGGAAGGGUGCAGAGCCGUAAGCCAGCGAACCUGACUUGACAUCUGGACUUUGUAGUGGAGGCCAAUUUAGUGAGCUACUGCUAUCCGGUACGGAGUGUACAGAUGCAGGAAGGUAGGCAAGCGCUGCCAUCCUCCCCCCCGCCUCCCCAGCCCCCACCCCCAGCUAUUUAUAACCUUGGCAGGUUUGAACACUCUGCUAAAAAUACAGGGAAGAUCUCAUAGCAGACUUCUUGUCAGAAAAACAGGAGGGCUGGAGAGGGCUGCUUACCUCCCAGGGUGAAGGCUGUGACGUGCCCGUAGGGAUCCCAUGUCUUCCAGCAGCUGGCAUGUGGUGGAACCCGGCCUGCUGUUCAAAGGGGUGGCACGGCGCCGGGAGUGACUGAUGAGAUGCAAGAACUGAAUAGUUACACCGAACUCCUGAAAAUGUGCCAAACCUUAAAGGCUUGAGCUAGAGCUGUGCUGUGGUUAGGAAGGCACAAAGCAGAAAUCCUUUUUGUAUAAUCUUAGUACAGAAAUAAGUUUCUAUUAAAGGACAAGUAACGUCCAGGUUUUGACCUUAAAAUCCACCCCCCGCCUUCUUCCCUGAAAACGUACAAUUUAAAAACUUCAUAUUCACCCUAAGUUUUGGAGCAAGUCACGAAACAGGAAAAUCAUUCAAAGCAGAAGGGCUGUUUGGUAUGAAAUGUGUGAGGAGUGACUCUAAAUACAGCUUCCUGGGACAGCGUAACAGGCUUAAAAGUGAGCGAAACCUUAGUUACCUAUGUUGGGCUUCACUUCUCGUGGUGACUUAUGUUACUUAUGCCAGGGAAGAAAUGUACAUCCUCAAAUCUGACUAGGAUAGAGUGGCUUAAUGUAACUGUGGUGUUUGGAAAAGAAGCCUCACUUGCUCAGGGUGACCCAGCUUGGACCCCGUGACCUCCAGAGGUCCCUUCCAGCCGUUGUGGGAGUCAAAGGUUUAGUCCAGAUUCUUGUAAAAGGUAGCUCUAGCUUGUGACCCUGUGUUUUGUAUUUAAAUACAAAAGCUCUGGGUUGGAGGAAGCCUCCCUUCAUUCUGCAACAGGGGAGUAGUUUUGACUUUUAGCCAAGCUCCUACUCAAAGGGGACAGAGAUUGUUUUCAGACGUUCUGACUUCUAGGGAAUGACAAAUCAGUUAGCACCUCAGCAGAUCAAAGUUGUACUUGAAAAUUUUGUCGAUUCAGGAGUUGUCACCUCAGUUACUCAGCUCUUUUCUGUACUGGGAAAAAGGCCUGAAGUUAUGAUAUGGAGUUCUUGUUAGUUUUUUCCCUCUCAAAUUUAUUAAAAUACUGAAACCAGUUUGUGAAUCUUUUUAUGUAGUGUUUGAAGUAAUUAACUUCAAUACUGUUGCUUGUACAGUCAAGCAGAAAAAAUAAAUUCUUGGUAAUAACCAAAAA